AUGGUAUACUGCACUGCUUUCAACUGCAACAACGAUGGCAAAAAGAUGAAGUCGUUGAGCUUUUUCCAGUUUCCCUCUGAUGAAAAAUACCGUCAGAUAUGGAUAGAGAAAGUUCGUCGCGUCAACUGGGAACCGAACAAGUACUCGAGGUUGUGUUCUGCGCAUUUCGAAUCACACUGUUUCGUACAUAACUUCAAACUUUUCGAUUCUCUGGGUCUUCCAAGACCAAAAAAGGCCACUUUGAAGCACGAUGCCAUUCCUACCAUCUUUGAUUAUGAAGACAGGACACCAAAAGCAUCAAACGAGCUAACUUUUUCUCGUAAGCGAAAACAAGAGGAUUCUUCGGGUAAUGCGCCUUGGAAAGGAAGGAAGAUCCUUGAGGUACCCUUUCAUAUUCAUUUGUAGAGUUUUUCUUCACUCGAAUUGCGGAAUAGAACUCAGUUUCCUCUCCAAGUUCAUGAUUGUUUUCAUCCAUGUAUAGCACGUCUCUUUACCCUGCUUUUUUUUCUUCUUUGGAUGCAUAAUUGUAUCGUUUCAUUCAACCCACUUUGUGUGUUUCUUUACAUUCAUAACUCGUGACGUAUGACAUAUCACUCACAAAGUUAAUUUUUAACGUUUUGUUUACGUAAAGUUUCUUCUUCUUUUCAGCAGGAUUAGUCGCUAGAUUCUAAAAUGAAAAUAUGCUGUUUUUGCGCACAGAUUUAAAAAAAAUGGAAUCUUUACCCAAAAUGUGUCGUAAAAUAAUACUUUUUUGUGUCUCGUAGGUGAUAGAUUUCAACUCGCUACUUGACGAUUAUUUAAAGAGCAUUCAAUCUGAAGAAGACUUUGGUUCAGCCAGUGAAGCCAGCUACAAAACAGGUAUAUGGCGGUGUUGUGUGUUGUGAAAAUAUUUGCUGUAUUGUAAAAUAAAUCCUCUCGUUUUUAUUGUCGUUUUUUCGGUGAUUUUUGUCUCAUUAUGUAAGGCACAUUACUUCCGGGGAAGGGGUCUUUCCCCUAGGGAUUACACUUGUGACCUUAAUGACACCUCUACUUCGGGAGUGAAUAGCGUCAAAUUUCGCCUUACUCAGUAUCACACUUGAAUCAAAUGUUGAGGUGAAGAGAAUACAGGAAAUGACACCAAUUUAAGAAGCUCCUGAUUGUCAGUAAGAUAGGAAAUGCAAAGAGCAUAGUGCGAGAAUAUGAACGCGAUGUACUGAGAUCUCUCGUAUGACUCUGAAUUUCUUGUGAUGAAUUCUAUGUUUACUAUGUAAAUUUUUUCAAAUCUUUUCUUCCAGGGUCUGAUGAGUUGGUGAAGGAAAUAAUUCCAGGAUCUUCACCAUGCCAGGUAUCAGAACAGUUGAUUAGUUCCUCAACAUGUUGUCAUUCAAGUUUAUAUCUGGUCAAAUCUCAAUCUACUUUACAAUUAUAAUCAAAGACAAAUAAUCAAAAAUAAUGACUUUUAUACUCAAAAUCAUACAAAAAAGGUAAUACCUGAAUCAAAAUACAGACAGGUUUAGGAUUUAAAAAAAUAAUGCAAAAGAGAUUCUUUGCUGUUGUGCACAGAUACGUUUUAUCACAAUAUUUCAAUAGCAAUUCUUAAUUAAUUGUGGAUUAGCCCUGUGACUCAAAGGUGUGACUAUGAUCUAAUUUCUCCUUACAGCAUCACAGCUGAAUUAAAUGUUAGGGUCAUGAGAAUAAAGGAAAUGAUCACCAACUCAAGAAGCUUGAGAUUGUCAUAAAAAAUCUCCUUGUCUGCACCUAAGGAAAUGUAUUGAAAACAGUAUAGAGAAUAUGCAUAUUGAUGUUGGGAUGUGUUUCUAAGCUGGUGCUAAUGUGGGGUAUAUCUUUGUUUGUUACACUUCAUUUCUAUUUACUCAGGAAUUUUAAGUGGGAUUUUUCUCACCCAAUUUUAAUGUUCUCAGGGUGGUGAUAGGUUUGUUCUGCUCCUGAAUAAGCCAUUAUCUCCAGAUAUAUGCGAUAUUUCAAGUUCCCUGUUGUGUGUUCGCUUUGGAACUGAAUAUGUUGUUCCAGUGACCCUAUGGAAAGAGCAGGUUAUAAGGGGAGAUUCAACACCAAGUAAGUAAAAACCAAAGAUGUUGAAUCGAAGCAAAUAUUGUUUAAAAAAAACUUAUUUAGACUGCAUCACUUAGCUGGCUUAUCCCUGUUGUUAGAGCAUGAAAUCUCCUUUAAAGACUUGUUGGGUUUCUCCCCCCUUCCUCAAGGGUAUGCUAGUAUAUUGCCAGUUACCCUUUGUGCAAUUAUCAGGUUCUCUUGGCAAGUCACUGGCACCAACAUUCCACAUAUUCCUCGGUUUAAGACACUGACAAUUACCAGUAAUUAAAAUUGUCUUACCUUUAGUCACAGUUGAAUGAUCCAGCUAGAGUUCAAAAAUGGGUCUUCCAAAACUUUUGAUUUGUUCAUGUAAAGCAGACAAAUUGCUGUUACUAAAGUGCAAGCUAUAGUAUGAAUAAUUAGGCUUUCCUUAACUGUUUUGUUGGGUCUGAUGCUAUUGAGAUGUGGUAGAAUGGUUUUAACUCUGUUGAUAGAGAUGAUAUCAAACUCUUUCAACUAAUUUUUUCAGAGUAGAUUAUUUUUACCAAACAGAUGUAGUUACUGUGAGGUAACCCUCAAGGUUUCAAUUUGCAGAUAAUUGCCAAGCAGCCAUUGUUCCUGAAUCAACUCCUAAAUGUAAAGGUGUUUUAGAGCUAUAAGAGAAUACUAGACUGUAAUAUUUUUUGUUGUUGUAAAUUUUGCUUUUUAGAAAGUGAUAAACCAGGUAUAGUUGUUGCUCAACUGGAAACAACUGAUGGCAAGGUUCUGGGAAGCACAAAAUUUUUGUACAAGGAGGAGAUCUCGACAGGUUUUCAGAAGAUUGUCUGCAGUAAAAACUAUGGAGGAAAGUUAAUUAUGGGACUUUCUGAUUUUGGAGCAAAGGAAGAUCAAGCUAUGGCCAAUGAAAGUGAGGCAAAUCAAGGUAAAGAUCUACUUUAUCUCAUAGGUGAUCAAGGUGAUAUUUCUCCUUACAAUAUCAAUACAAAAUCAAGCAGACAGGUGAUGAGAAUAGAGAAAAAUAUAAAUUAGUGGGUUAUUGAUCAAUCUCAAUUCCAAAUUCUCAGAACUAACAUCAUAGAAAUUGUACAGCAGGAUAAUUAUGGAAGAGAUCCUGGGAGUUAAAGGGUUAAAUCUUUUGCUUUGUUCUUUUUUGUUUUGGUUUGGUUUAGUUUUGUUUAAUUUUGUUUUGUAUUUUUUGUGCGUGUGUGUGUUUCUGAAUUUAUCUCUAACAGAGACAACUUGAAGAUGGUGUAGAAAAAAAUCCAAAAUGCAAACAAUCGACUCUGUUUAUUUCCCCAGAUGUAACAUCUCUGCAUACUUCUGAAUCUAGUCUGGCACUUAACAGCAUUUUGAAAAUGAUGCUGUAUGUAGCAGCUAAGCAUGAGGCUGGUGGAUUUGUUGAGGAUCUUUUUAGAACUAAGGCUGGUAAAGCAGUAAUGAAUUCAUUCAGUAAAAAGGAUGAGCUUGAAGAAACAGGAAACCAAUCAAAUUUACAGCAACAACUGUUUUCUUACCUUGAAAACAUAUCAAAAAGGUAAUGAUCAGUGUUUUGCUGAUGUAAAAAAUUUAUUAUAUACUGAACAUCUUGGCUUACUUGUAAAAACUCAGCCUGCAAAUAGACAUGCAUGAAAAUGUUUGGUUGCCAAUUUGCAGGGUCUUUAUUUGAAGGCCAUUGCCCAUAAUAAUUAGCAGGCAGCUGUAAGACCAUUUUUUGCCAGUUAAUUUGUGAGUUAUAAUUAAACACAGAAAAUAGGUAUUUUUAACUGAUUCCAAAACAAUUUCUUGCUUAAAAUUGUUACUCAAACAUAUUCCAGAAUGUUGGAUAUCAUGUCUCAGAGAGUUUCACAUUUCCAAUUUUUUUUUAAAGUUUAACUUAUUAAUAAAGUCACUUAAUUUAGUCUAUUUAUUAUUUUUUGUAGGGUAAUUGAAGAAGAAGAAAGGAGAAAUGCAAAGGUGGCUCUCCAAGUUAGCCAGGUUGUGGAGAAAAAACAUCCAAAACCUGUUGUAAAACCAGGUGAGGUCCACAAAUUUACAGGGCAAGUGAUAUUAACAGCUCUUUCCUUAUCAUCAACCCUUCAACCCCUGAGAAUGAUACUAGUCAUCCAAUUUAUCCUAAGAGGAUUACCCUUGCAUCAAAUAUUAAGGUCAUGAAAAUAAAGGAAAUGAUUACAAGGUCAAAAAUUUCUUGAUUGUUAAACAAAUUCUCCUUUUCAGCCCCAUAGGAAAUGUCUAGAAGACAGUAUGGAGAAAAUGCAUACUGAUGUUAGAAUGUUAAGGGUUAGAAUAAUGACCUGAUACAGUUCAGGCUGUCAGUGCAAUUGUGUUUCCCUUCUUGUAAAACAUAUUUAUGAAUCCAUACCCUUUACAUUUCUUUUUUUGAUGGGGUAAUUGAUUUCCUCAGAACUGAAGAAAAAGAAAAAUGCAAAGGUACUGAAAACUGUUCCUAAAAAUCGAGGUAAAACAAAGCUGACGUCCAAGAAACCAAUGAGUGGAAACAGCUUUCUAUCAGGAGCGAUGGGUGAGGCAAAUUGGCACUUUUCUGUGAAGUGAAUUUUUUAACAAUUAGAUAUCAUAGCGUUUGGAGAUGGAAGACAAAGAAGAGGUGUUAUAUCAGAAAAAUAUAUAAAAAUGAGUGGUUUUAAAAGUGACAUACAGUUUGUUCCAAUUUGUUUGAUAUACAGGACUUUCUUGUAUGGGAAGAUUUUCAAUGCCAUGUCAAUUAUUGCCUUUAUGAUAUCUCUGUUAGUACCCGCGCUCUUAUUGGUCAAAUAAAUGAGCCGUAUUUCACUGACACAAAGUACAAAAGUUUGUGUAAAUUUGUAAUCUCUCCCCUCUAUUUGAACCCAGAGAUUAAAUAUAUAUCUUACUAACCUUCUUUUCUCGGUUCGUAAUGUAAGUUAUGGAACCUCGUUUUUUCCGCUCGGAUUUAAGGCUCGAGCGCUUAGCGACGGGCCUGAAAUCCGAGCGGAAAAAUCUCGGUUUUAUUUUUAAACUAUCCAAAUUUGUGUAAAUAAUUUUGAUUAGCAUUAGAAUGAGCACUAGAAAUUUGAAUUCUUUUGAAAAAGAAACAACAUUCAUUAUUAUUAUAAUUAUUAUUUUAGAUACAGGUAUGUCAAGCACCAAGACAAAUUCCCUGUUGUUGUUGUCGAACAUUGCGCUUGGAGAUUUGAGCUCAGAAUCAGUAGAGAAUGGCUUCUCAAACGAUUCAUCACUGACCUCACUACAAGGCACAUUGAUGUCGGCGUCUUUAAAGAAGAAGAUGCACUCUUCAUAUCAAAGCAACAACGCUAAAAAAUUCACGAGAAAACUGGUUCUACUUCCAACCAGUUCAACGCGUUUACCGUCCCAGAGUGCCGCUGUUCACAGGGGUUCCAUCCAGUUGGAAAAUGAUAUGCCACCGGAUGAAGUUAUGAAGGAAGUGCGAACGGUUUUGCACAAUCUAGGGAAGAAAAGGUAUGAAUUAACGGCGUAGUGAAUUUUUUCACCGUAUUUUGGGACAAUUUACGAUUGAGAGUGUAGAAAGUAGGCCAGAAUUGCAUAACAGCAUCAAUGGCGGGAAAGCGUCGUUGUGAUCAGGCCAACAGUUGAUGGGGGGUCUUUUUUUAGCCAAUUUCAGGGCAUAAUGAUCAGGAUCUAGAAAAAAAAAGCUUUUGCACUUCUUUGGAUACUCUAUUAGGAAAACUUCUGUGCGCAUUUCUUUUCUUUUUUUUUAAACUCACUUUUAAGGUCUAUAGUUUUAAAGUGGAAUUGUUCACUCUCUUAGAAAAAAGCUCUUUUUUGUCUGGUCAGCUUUAAUAUUUCGGCGCUCUGAGUAGCAAAUUAAAUUACUCUUGACCUAGAUAUAAUUCAUUCAUUCUUCAAUUCUUUUCAGAAUUCGUCUGGCAGCCGCCGACUCGUCAGGAAACUUGGAAUUUUUCAAAGGAACAAAAUGGACAGCAAGGACGCUGCGACAAAGAAUAAGAUUUAACUCAGUUUUGUAUGUUGUGCCCUCGGUAAGCAAGAGUGAACUGAUACAGGAAUUUCAAUAACGUUUUCCAUAAGCGGUUUCAAACCGACAGUAUGAUUGGUGACUGCGCCCGGAAAAGAGGCCACAAGUCACCUUUCUCCGAGGGGGUCUGGGGGCAAGCUCCCAUGGAAAUGAACUCUAGUAGAUUGUAGCUCAGUCGCGCACAUGCCGAAAGUGUACAUGCCCAAAACUGUCUGUAACCGGCAACUAUUGAAACACCUGCUUGAGAUAGAUGACCGUAAGAUUAUGGGAAAAUGUAGUAAAAUCCGACCGGGAAGAUAAGACGGCUGACAUCUUACACUCUUUCGUUAUUAAAAACUGAUAAUGAUUGAUUUUAAUGGAUUUUUUUUCUUUCUUCCUCAGAGGUAAAGAGAGCGAUCAGACAGACCCACGGAAGAUUGCAGAUAGCUAUAAAUAGCUUGGCGUUCUUCAAUCCUAAUAAAAACCAAGUUCUUGUUAAAAUAGUUCGUUAUCUAGAUGUUUUUACAAUCAAAAAUUGUAGGAAUACAUUACAUGUAUAUUUUUAUAGAGAAAUUAAGUUCCAAUGCUCCCUUGCAUCUGCGAUAAACAUGGGAGCAUGCGCAAUGAGUAGAAAGGUUGAAAGGUUGUGCGUCUAUUAAUAAAACUUGUAUUUUGCGAG